CCUCAUUUGGCCGCAGCAGCAGCAGAGGAGCGCAGCGCAGCAGCAGCAGCAGCAGCAGCGGUGCGCAGAGUAUGUGACCGAAACUACACCAAGACUGUGGAGCUGAAGUUUGCGUCCGGACUGAUUUAUCCUCCAGACACCCGGGAGGAACGUCUCCAGCCUCCGCGGCGGCUCCUCGACUCUCCGCACCCCGCUGGAGCUCAAUGCCAAGAGGCGUCCGGUGAAGCACGGCGCACGAUGGAGAGCAAUAAGGGAUUACUCCGGUGUAAGAUCGUGGUUGUCGGCGACACGCAGUGUGGCAAGACGGCACUCCUCCACGUUUUUGCCAAAGACUCGUAUCCAGAGAACUACGUGGCCACGGUGUUCGAGAACUACACAGCCAGCUUCGAGAUCGAGAAGCAGAGGAUCGAGCUCAACAUGUGGGACACCUCAGGUUCGGCCUACUACGACAACGUGCGGCCGCUGGCUUACCCCGACUCAGACGCCGUGCUCAUCUGCUUCGACAUCAGCCGCCCGGAGACGCUGGACAGCGUCCUGAAAAAGUGGCAAGGAGAGACGCAGGAGUUCUGCCCCAACGCCAAGGUGGUGCUGGUGGGCUGCAAGCUGGACAUGAGGACAGACAUCAACGUGCUGAGGGAGCUGUCCAAACACAGACUGAUCCCCGUCACCCACGAGCAGGGCACUAACCUGGCGAGGCAGAUCGGCGCCGUGGCGUACGCCGAGUGCACCUCCAAGUACUCGGAGAACAGCGUCCGCGACGUCUUCCACGUCACCACCCUGUCGUCCGUCUCCAGCAUCCACCGGCCCCAGCUCAAGCGCGCCGGCUCGCGCCGCGGCCUCAAGCGGGUCUCCCAGCAGCCCCCCCGGACUGAGAUUCACGAGCGCCCGCCCGCCAUGAGGAAGGACCGGGCCAAGAGCUGCGUGCUCAUGUAGGGCCGGCCGGACGGAUGGACGGACGGACGUCGGCCACGGCGCACACGGACUUAAUUUAUUGGUGAAUUCUUGUCAGAUUUUGCACUGCAUAAAAGGACAAUGCAAUGAAAACGGAAUUCUGUCCCGCGGACUCCUUUAGGGGGGUCAUUUUGUCCAUUUCUGGCAAAAAAAAAAAUCUGCUUGUUGUUUUUCUUUGUCGCCGUGUUCUCAUCAGGGCAGGCCAUCGCAGUGGCAACAAAAGCAAUUUUUCUUUAAUGCUUUUAUUUGAAAAAGUGGACAAAAAAGAGGCUCGUUGGCAAAUGGAACACAGGAGAGGAGAUAGCAAAUGCAGAGAUUAUCGGAGAAAAGCGUUUGGAGGGAAAUGUUUCGCCUUGCAGGAAGCGUUGACCUCCAUUGUGUUGUUUCCUGUUUUGAAACGAUGUCCCGUCUUCAAGUUGUUUCAGUAAAUUCAAGCACAACACGACGCGCAGGGACUGAGACCUGCUGCACCGCUUCAUCCCGUGAAUCCAAACGAAAAUCCGGACAAAACAAAACCAGACGACACUAAUUUUCUUAAACCACAAGUGCUUUUACUUCUGAAAACUAAAUAACCACUCACCACGUGACACUGAAGUGUUGUAUAAUUAAUAGAAUUCUAAUGAUCCACACCGGGAGGGAGAGGCUGGCAGAGUGUUCAGAGUGAAUAUUAUGUUGUACAUGUGAUAAUGGAAAAAAAAAAAAAGAAUAAAUAAAAACAACUU